AUGCGCAAGUUCUUCGCCAGACUUCGGUUAGAAGAUCAGGACGUAUCAUCACUGCUCGACGUCUCCCCGGAGACAUGGUUCACUGGCACGGUGGACCAUGCUGCUCCAUUUGGAGUGUUUGUGAAGAUUUCCUUCCCGGACAAGUCGGGUGAGGGCAUGGGCCUUGUCCACGUCUCCGAGAUGCGAGACGGGUACGUCGGGGAUCCAGAGGCCGAAGUUGAUGCCGGCCAGCAGGUCCAAGUCCGGGUGAUCCAGGUGGACCCCGACACGAAGAGGAUCUCCCUGUCAAUGAAGCCGAUGCCUGAAGCAUACUGA